CUUGGAUGUGAAUGCUUUAGUAGUGAAAAUAUCUUUAGAUUCAAAAGAUAUAAUUUUUUUCUUCAAAUUUACAGGCUCACCAAAACCUUUCAAAAUCCCAAAUCCCAAAAGCUAUAUAUAACACAGAUCAUUACAAUUUUGCGUCUUCUGAAUCCAACCCCAUCAACAGAUUCUUUUCUUGUCGGUUCUUCAGUUUCUCAAGAUAUUUACAGGUGCUUGAUUAGAAGAUGGAAGGAAGCAUAGUUAGACGGGUGAUUCCGUCGGAUAAUAGCUGCCUAUUCAAUGCCGUUGGGUAUGUCAUGGAUCAUGACAAAAAUAAGGCUGCGGAAUUGAGACAGGUUAUAGCUGCGACGGUAGCUAGUGAUUCAACGAAGUAUUGUGAAGCGUUUCUCGGGAAACCUAAUGAAGAAUAUUGUGCUUGGAUACUUAACCCGGAGAAAUGGGGAGGUGCGAUAGAGCUUUCAAUAUUAGCAGAUUAUUACGGUCGUGAAAUUGCAGCAUAUGAUAUUCAAACCACAAGAUGUGACUUGUAUGGGCAGGGAAAAAAUUAUCGAGAACGGGUUAUGUUAAUCUACGAUGGACUCCAUUAUGAUGCUUUAGCUAUGUCACCUGCGGAUGGAGCGCCUGAAGAAUUCGAUCAAACGAUUUUUGCUGUAAAUACCGAUAGGACCAUUGGGCCAUAUGAAUCACUUGCUCUAAAUCUUGUAAAGGAUCAACAGAGGAAAAGAAGUUAUACUGAUACCGCCAACUUCACAUUGCGUUGCGGGGUUUGUCAAAUUGGCGUGAUCGGUCAAAAGGAAGCUGUGGAACAUGCACAAGCAACAGGGCAUGUCAACUUUCAAGAAUACAAAUAAAGGAAUUAGGGAAUCUGUGUUAUUUAAUUGCUGUUGUACCAAUAAGUUUGUCUUGUUAAUUGCCCAAAUUGUCUUGAACCUUUGUCACAUGUUAACUUAUGUCUAAAUUUGCGGUUUGAGGGCGAAAUUGUCUGUUUCUUUUAUGUGAUACUAUUGGUUACAUAGCUAAAAGAAUACGAUUCUUUUCA